AGGAGAUUCUGCCUUUGUGGUUAGUCUCAGCCCAGCCUGGACAAGCUUAAUGCUCUAGAAAGAAAUACCCCGCCUCAGAAAGACACCUGCCUCUAAACUGGCUCGAGGCCCAUCGCCUUCUGCCAGCCAUUCCUCUGCGGCUCGGACCCCAGCCUGUCUCAGCCCAGCCUUGUGCAUUGAGGAGAACCUUCAGGAUGGAGCCCGCUGACCGCCUUGUUCUUUCUCCUUGGCCUGUCGAGGAAGUCCCAGAAAGCACAGCUGACUUAGGGAAGGUCUGGGAAAAAUCUCCCUGCUUUUGGGGGGGUAGGGGCGGGGGAUGAGCCAGGACUGAGGAGGAACUCUGAAGACUUUGUAGAUUGCUCUCGACCGCCUCAGACGCUCUCGGCACGGCGUGGAGAGGAUUUGUGCAAACAUUUCCUCUCUGGACCGGGAGGAAUGCAAGAGGAGACAGCCUGCGGUGCAUCUUGGACUGCUAGAGAGAUGUGCCCUCACUUGUGAAGGUGCACGAGGAAGAUGAAGCUGGGAUCAAGCAGGGCAGGGCCUGGGAGAGGAAGCGCGGGACUCCUGCCUGGCGUCCCCGAGCUGCCCAUGGGCAUCCCUGCUCCCUGGGGGACCAGUCCUCUCUCCUUACACAGGAAGUGCUCUCUCUGGGCCCCUGGGAGGCCCUUCCUCACCCUGGUCCUGCUGGUUUCCAUCAAGCAAGUUACAGGAUCCCUCCUUGAGGAAACGACUCGGAAGUGGGCUCAGUACAAACAGGCAUGUCUGAGAGACUUACUCAAGGAACCUUCUGGCGUAUUUUGUAAUGGGACGUUCGAUCAGUACGUAUGUUGGCCUCAUUCUUCUCCUGGAAAUGUCUCUGUACCCUGCCCUUCAUACUUACCUUGGUGGAGUGAAGAGAGCUCAGGAAGGGCCUACAGACACUGUUUGGCUCAGGGGACUUGGCAGACGAUAGAGAACGCCACGGAUAUUUGGCAGGAUGACUCCGAAUGCUCCGAGAACCACAGCUUCAAGCAAAACGUGGAUCAUUAUGCCUUGCUGUCAACCUUGCAGCUGAUGUACACCGUGGGAUACUCUGUCUCUCUUAUCUCCCUCUUCCUGGCUCUCACCCUCCUCUUGUUUCUUCGAAAACUCCACUGCACACGCAACUACAUCCACAUGAACUUGUUUGCUUCUUUCAUCCUGAGAACCCUGGCUGUACUGGUGAAGGACGUCGUCUUCUACAAUUCUUACUCCAAGAGGCCUGACAAUGAGAAUGGGUGGAUGUCCUAUCUGUCAGAGAUGUCCACCUCCUGCCGCUCAGUCCAGGUUCUCUUGCACUACUCUGUGGGUGCCAAUUACUUAUGGCUGCUGGUUGAAGGCCUCUACCUCCACGCGCUGCUGGAGCCCACAGUGCUUCCUGAGAGGCGGCUGUGGCCCAGAUACCUGCUGUUAGGUUGGGCCUUCCCUGUGCUAUUUGUUGUGCCCUGGGGUUUUGCCCGUGCACACCUGGAGAACACGGGGUGCUGGACAACAAAUGGGAAUAAGAAAAUCUGGUGGAUCAUCCGAGGACCCAUGCUGCUCUGUGUAACGGUCAAUUUCUUCAUCUUCCUGAAAAUUCUCAAGCUUCUCAUUUCUAAACUCAAAGCUAAUCAAAUGUGCUUCAGAGACUAUAAAUACAGAUUGGCAAAAUCAACACUGGUCCUCAUUCCUUUAUUGGGCGUUCAUGAGAUCCUCUUCUCUUUCGUCACCGAUGAUCAAGUCGAAGGAUUUGCAAAACUUAUACGACUUUUCAUUCAGUUGACACUGAGCUCCUUUCAUGGGUUCCUGGUGGCCUUGCAGUAUGGUUUUGCCAGUGGAGAGGUGAAGGCUGAGCUGCGGAAAUACUGGGUCCGCUUCCUGCUAGCCCACCACGCAGGCUGCAGAGCCUGUGUCCUGGGGAAGAACUUCCGGUUCCUGGGAAAAUGUCCCAAGAAGCUCUCGGAAGGAGAUGGCGCUGAGAAGCUUCGGACGCUGCAGCCCUCGCUUAACAGUGGGCGGUUCCUACACCUAGCCAUGCGAGGUCUGGGGGAGCUGGGCUCCCGGCCCCAACAGGACCAUGCACGCUGGCCCCGGGGCAGCAGCCUGUCUGAGUGCAGCGAGGGGGAUGUCACCAUGGCCAACACCAUGGAGGAGAUUCUGGAAGAGAGUGAGAUCUAGGCUGGAGUUCCACCACGCUGGCUCUGCUGCCAGGGACUCUCGAGAGGGCCCAAGAAGAGGAAGCAAAGCGGACACACGUUGCUGGGCACGGACUCAUUCUCGUUCCAUUCGCCAUGCCACUUUGAUGUGAAGGCUAUCACAAGGUUCUUCAAGCUCUGUAUGAAAGAGGCUGUGUGUCAUGCUCACAGCCUCUGCCGGCUCAGUAACCCCCACGAGUGUGUUCCAGAAUGCCCACCAGACCCUAGAACCAGGCUCUAAAUUCAAGCCAAUGAAGCGCCACCAUGAAGAGAGGUCUCCUGUUACAUAGAAGCCAGCCAGUAUCUCUUCCUUUACCCCUCAGGAUGCAUGCUUUCCAUCUGAGGUUAGGUUUAGGGUGCAUGAGAACCUUCCUAGGAAGCUUUUAAAAUGCAGAAUCCUAGACUUGUGGCUAAGAUUCUAAGACAGUGAGUCUGGGACAAUGAGGAAUUGGAGCCGUUGAAUAAGCAUCCCAGGUAAUUCUGCUGCAAGCCCACCCUUGGCGAACACUGGACAGGGUGGGAGGGAGCUAGAAGCACCCCCAUGUGGCCAUGGUAGGAUGCUGCAAGAGACGUUCUGCUCUCCCAGCUCAGCUGGGGUGUGCCUGCCCUCCCUGGACAGUGUGUAACCCCAUGUCACCCGCGGGAGUGCCGCUCCUCUCUGCUCUUCCUCUCCUAUUGAGUUUUGCCUCUCUCUUGCCUGGGGACCCUCUGAAUGUCGUCUUUGGUCCAUUCCUCUCCUUUCUGGCUCUAUCUACCUUUCUGAGGUUGGCUUCUACCAGCCUGAUUUACACUACCAUCCUCCUGGGGCAAGGAACGCCCCCACCAUUUUUGGUUUGCCAUUGAUGCAUUGAUGGUCACACCUGUUGUCCCAGGAGGUUGACCUAUAACUCUCCAUGGCCAGAGUCCCUGCUGAUCAGAAUUCUGUUUGCCCAGUGGGAAUAAAUGCUGAAAGCAGGAGGGUCCAGGUAAAGCAAUAGGACUCUGGCUGGAUCUGGACAUGCCCAGGGUGGCACUGAGAGAUCUAGGACUUCACAUCCACCAGCCUGUGGGACCUUUCCUGCCUACUGUGACCCAUGGAGGCUGAGGAGGGCCCAGGCAGUUGGGGUCAGGCUCAGUGACUGAAAGUAUAAGGCAAGAGACUGUAGGAAGAUCAAGGGAGGGACAUCCUUUGGAAACAGUGUGUUAACGCACAGGAGUGUCGCUUUCAUGGUAUGUAAAAUGCAUGUGUACGUGGGCGGGGUAUGUUGCUAUGGGACUAAAUACCACCUUAUCUUUCGGGGAGUCAGUAUGAUACUCCUCAAGCAGGGCUGCCAUAUUUAGCAAACAAAAACAUGAUACUCAAUUAAAUUUGAAUUUCAGACAAAUCGUCUUCUUGUAUAAGUAUAUCCCA